ACAAAAUGUUAGGCUGCUAGACCGUCGCGAGCGCUCCUCCGGGCCAAAAUGAAACUUUGCGUGGGCCGUGUUAUGCUGGGACAUGAAAGUGGGUUUUAGGGAUCGAGCCGCCGACGCUGAUGUCGGGAAGGGGAAGAGAAGCGAUGGGGCGGACGCCGAAGGCUAUCGUAGAGGAUGAUUACGAGACUGAACAAAAAAAGCAAGCUGCUGCUGACGUUCUGUAUCAGUAUUCUCAAUUUGUUAUGGUUUGUAUUGGGGAAGAAGUUCGGCCAAGUGAUCUCAGGUUACACUUAAUGAAGGAAAUAUCCGGGAUGCCAACAACUUUAAAGAAAGAGCCUUUGCCAGUUUCUCCCGACUCUACAGGUGAACCAUCAUCUUCAGGAACGACGAAGAGGGACAAAUCUCACAGCUCGUGAAUCACUUUGUAAUAUCAAGGUUUGAACUGCCAGUUGCAUGUUCAGUUCUAUGCAAUGCUGAGUAUUAUUCUGUGAGCAGAAGAUGAUCAGGAAGUUUAGGAAAGUGAAAAGUGGACCUUUUAGCUUUGUAUAUCUCAACAUAAGCUGUGCUAAAUGUUAAUAGUGUAUAAGCUCACGAUGAACGAUGAACUGUGACUUAGAUCCCUGUUAUAUACUUAUAUCUGGUUUGCAGGA